AUGGAAGUUGAGGCGAUCAUCAGGAGACUUGCGGCAGAAUCCAGCUAUAAUAUCCAGUUAUUGUGUGAUAGUGGAAGACAUGGAUUUGGCAAACGUCUCGGACGAGGUAAAGUCAUACAUAAUGAGCGCGCAGCAGAAAGCGUCGCAGUGUGGCAGUGCGCAUCUACAAUCGAGGCAGCUUGGCAGACUCGAACGGCCGCAGCGGUGAAAAAAAAACUGCUAGCCGUGAUGACUCGGGGGAACUCAAUGGGAAGAAGGUAUUUAGCCUACAUUGCGCUUUGUCGAGCAGGCUACGAUACGACACUUGUUGAAAACAACAUGGAGAGUUUGGAAGUUUGCCGUCGAGAGCUGAAAACCACCUAUGCCAGAGAAAAGAAGCUUGGUCGACUCAGUUCACUUCAGUGUGAGAAGCUCGAAAAAGGAAUUCAUCUCACGACGGACUUGAACUCAUUGAAGAACUGUGACCUUGUGAUUGAGGCAGUAUUUGAAAAAAUGAAGCUGAAAACUGAACUGUUUACAAAACUCAGUCAGAUUUGCAAGCCAACGACAAUCUUUGCCACGAACACUUCGAGUUUGAAUAUCGAUGAGAUGAGCUCAGCGCUGCAAAAGCCCGAGCGUCUUGUCGGAAUGCACUUCUUCAAUCCGGCUCAUAUAAUUAGAAUGGUGGAAGUGGUAUUCGGGCCAGGAUCAGACAUUUCUCUACCACUCGGAAUGCUUCCGAAUGAUGUUGACGCACUAUUCAAAUCCUUUGGUCUCAUCAUGGGGCCGCUUACCGUGGCCGAUAUGAACGGUUUGGAUGUUGCUGCCCUUCUGAAGAGCGAACACAACUACCCACUCAAUCCUAUUGAGAAGGAGUUACUGCAAUUGAAUCGGUUAGGAAGGAAGACAGGUAAAGGAAAGGAUUCUACGCCGAAUGACAUGGAAGUUUGGGAGCGACGUUCAGAGACGGCGGCAGAUCAGCAUAUAAUAUCAGUUAUGGCUGUGUUAGACGAUGCUAUUGAAUUCGUGCUGUUUCCUAUGGUAAAUGAGGGAUUUUUGUGUUUGGAGGAGGGCAUGAUUGAGGAAGAAUCCCUUAUCGAUGUCAUGUUCCUUCUGGGUUUUGGCUGGCCCAUCACCUAUGGCGGCCCUAUGAGAUGGGGCAGAAGUGUCGGUCUUCGUAAGAUUGCCGAACGUGUUGCCCACUGGCAGAGAUUAGAGCCGCGUGACCGCAGCUACCAAUUGUCAACAACUUUGGACAACUGCCUUCGUGAAAGAUCUCAUCUUUGA